AUGCCGGAAUUUGAGAGCUGGGAUCAGAUGCCGACCGUGCCGACCUUGUUCGACGUGCGACCUGUGGGGCCGCCACUGCUGCUGUCCUUCGGCUGCUACAUCAGCCUCUCCGUGUCAACCUUAGCCAGCUUGCUCGAGAGAGGCUCACCAUCGUAUACUUUCCGGAUAUGUGGCAGAGUGGGUGAGAGGGCCGAGAACGCCCCGGUGGCCCUGCAGGAAAAGACGAGAAGCGUCGUCCUUCUGAUGCCACAGCUCAUUCUCGAGGGGAAGGCAGACGAGCUCGUUAGCAAGUUCGAGGAGGCAUACUUAGAGGUGAAAGCGCGCAAGGAGGUGUACCUCGCUGAAGAAGCCGAGAGCUACUUCCACUACUUGAAGCCCAAGGCACGGGAGGCUGCGGCGCAAGCGGCGAGCCGAGGGCUGUCCCAGGUGCUAGUACUGGAACAUCUGGAUGGCGACGUGGUGGAGCGUUCCCUCGCCAUGAAGGAGGGCUUGGAGGAGACGUACGGCAAAGGAAGUUUCUACAUGAGCUUGGACAAGUGGGAGUGCCAGCGAGACAUCGAGUUCUUCUUUCCUCACUUGGAUGCCUUGCCAGUGGAGCGCACCCUAGCGGUAAUCAAGCCUGAUGCUGUCCAGCAGGGCGAGAAGGGUGGAAAGACCGCGGAGCAAGUGGUCGAGGACGAAGCAGCGCAGCUGGGGCUGUUCGUGGUCGCCAAACAGUUGCACACGCCCGACGAGGCACAAGCGAAGCUUAUUUGCAAGGAGUACGAGGGCAGUGCAGAUCUUGCCAAUGCCGUUGCGGCUGUGAUGACCGAGCCGGGUUGCCUUGUCAUGUGCGUCGAAGGCCGAGGUGCCAUCGGCAAGAUGCAGCUCAUAUGCGGGCCAUCACACUCCGGAGUUGCACGGGAGCGCGCCCCCACCACAAUCCGCGCACUUUGGGGCACUGAUGGCACCAGCAAUGCUAUGUACGCCAGCAGCAACAUGGACGCCGCCGAUCAGGAGAUCAAGUCCUUCUUCCCGGACGGUGCGUUGAAGCUCGAGCGCACGCUCUGCAUCGUCAAGCCCGAUGCCAUCGCAAACCUGGUCGCCAUCAAAACAGAAAUCGAAGCGGCGGGCUUCACAGUCCUCAAGGAGAAGCAGACGACGUUAAGCGAAGAGAGGGCCAAGGAGUUCUACAGGAGCAGCAAGAAUGACCCCGCCUUUGCCGCCGUCGUCAAGGAAGCCUCCAGCGGACCUUGCUGUGCUAUGGUGCUGUGCCGCUUGGAGGCGGUGACGGUCCUGAAGCAGUUGAUGGGGAAUGCCUCCGUGAAGGAAGCUAGGAAGUCGCGCCCCGGCUCCCUACGGGCACGCUUCGGCCGGGAUGGACAGCGGAAUGCCGUCCAUGGCAGUGAAUCUUUGAAAGACGCCGUGCAGGAGAUCCGGUUCUUCUUCUCGGAAAUGGGUGUGGACCCAUUGCCCGACGACAACGAGGUCAGGGACUUCGUCUUCCGCAAGUCUGCACGCGCCUCCAUGGACCUGCAGUCACUUUCUGAUGCACAGUCCACGGAUUUCGAGCUUGAUCCCACGCUGCAGCAACUGAUCUCCAAUGGCCUCAUUGGCUUGUGCAAGGUGAAGCCGCAGGGACUUGCGGCUGUCAAGUGGUUGGCCACCUGGCUGAGCGAGAACAAUCCGAACAAUCAACCCCCCAAGGCCACGUUUGACCCGCCAACACGCACCAGCCAGUAUGUGGAGUCUGGCGUGAACCAAGAUGGCAUGUCUUUCGUUGUUGAGGCACCUGCGCCCGAAGCCCCAUCCAAGCCCGUCGUCGAAGUCACGGAGGAAGACCUGAAGAGGGAGCCGGGUGACAGUGACUUGAAGACACCUCCAUUCGUGGUCUUUGUGGCCGGAGGCCCUGGUUGUGGCAAGGGUACCCAGUGCGUCAGGAUCAAGGAAGAGUUCAACUUGAUCCACCUCAGCACCGGGGACCUUAUGCGAGAGGAGGUCAAAGCUGGAUCGUACCUUGGUGGAGAGAUUGAGAAGCACAUGUCUGCCGGCACUCUAGUCCCAGACGACAUUGUCCUGGCUCUGCUGAAGAAGGCCAUGCUGAAGAACCAAGAUACAAACAGGUUUCUGUUGGAUGGUUUCCCUCGCGCAGUCGAGCAAGCGCAACGCUUCGAGCGAGAGAUUGCGGAGGUUUCCUUUAUGCUCUACCUCGAGGCCAGCCAUGAAACCAUGAUGCAGCGAAUUAAAGGCCGAGCGGCUACCAAUCCAGGCAGAGUCGAUGACAAUGACGACACGGUGCGCAAGCGUCUGGAGGUGUUUGAUCAGCAGACCAUGCCUCUUUGCAACUACUAUGGCCCGAUUGGCAAGUUGCGCAAGGCAAAUGCAGAAAAGCCACCAGAUGAUGUUUUCGCAGAGGUGAAGCGCUACUUCAGCUGCCGCUUCCUGUACUUGCUGGGCCCUCCUGGAGCACCCGUCGAGCACAUGGCGGACAAGCUCGAAAAGCAGUAUGGCUACUCUGCCAUCAACCUCACGGCGCUGCUCAAGAGCUACGCCGACUCCAAUGAGGCAGAUGCCCCGGCCGUGAGGAAGGCGAUGCUGGCAGGGAAGCCGGUGGAUGCCUCCAUUGCCUGCCCUCUCAUUCUCUCCGAGAUCUACCGGGACAUGGCUCUGGGGGUGCAGAACUUCGUGCUGUCGGACUUUCCUCAGAGUCUGAAGCAGGCCCAGUUCCUAGAGUACCGGGUGUCGAGCAUCACCCGGACAUUGGUGCUGGAUUUCUCACGUGCUGAUGCCGCAGAUCUCGCGGCCACCAUGAGCAGUAAGGACACCCUGGAGUUGGAGCUUCGGUCCAACUACUUCUUCGGACCCGAGACUUCGGAGAUGCUCACGUCUCUGAAGGCCGAGCGCAUUCCCUACAGUUUGAGCGAAAUGCAGACGUCGCAGACGUGCAGCGUAGUAGAUGGCACCUGGAAAAAGCUCAGCGAGCAAGUCUUGCCAUCCUUGACGGUUGUCCUGGGCUUGCCUGGCAGCGGUACAGAUGUACUGGCCAACCUCUUGGCCCAGAGCUCUCCGAACUUUGAGGCAGUCGACUGCAACGAGCUUCUGGACAAGGAGCUGGAGCGACAGACUGAAAUGGGAUUGGCGAUGCACAACAUGCUUGCCAAGGGGCAGGUUGUCCCGCUGUCCAUGACACUGGAGCUGCUCAAGGGCGUGGCCAAUCUGACCUGCUCCGAGUGCCUCAUCAUCCAGAACUGCCCGCAGUACGUGGAUCAGAUUGAACUCAUCGAGCGCGACUUCCGCAUCAAGAAGGUCUACUACAUCCACGGCAAUGAGGCCGCGGAGAAAUCCUGGGCUGAGAGCUUUGCCGCGAAAAGCGAGGGUUCGACCGCGGCCAAGCGCUUCAGUGAUCUGCAAAGCCGAUUGCCGCCCAUUGUUGCCCACUUCAGCCGCCUUGGCUUGCUCGAGAAGUUUGAGGUUUCCGAAACUCCCAGCAAGGAGAAACUUCAGAGCCUCGUGGCUAAGUCCAGGAUGCCUCAGUUCGCCAUCGUCAGCAGCUUAUCACCAGUCCUUGGCGCAAAGAAAGCGCAGGAGCUCUGUGGUGCCUAUGGUGGCAGCCCAAUCACGGCCAAGAGCCUGGCCGAAUUUACAGGCAAAGCUGAUGCCGACAGCUCCGACGAGGUUACCAUGCUGAAAGCCUUUGCGCAGGGCCGGGCCGAGCCUUUCCUGGUACUACAGGACUGCCCAACCGUGGACUCGCAAGCGCACGCCUUCCUGGAGGCCUUCGGGGCACCGCGAGCUGUGGUCCACCUUGAGUGCGAUGAUGAGUUCCUUGAUGAGGAGUACAGAGGCCUACACGAGGAUGAGGAGAUUGAUGGCGAGCAACUUGCCGAGAAGCUGGCGCAACAGCGAGCCACAAUGGAGGGCACCAUGAAGGUUUUCAAGGAGCUGUGCCCAGGAAGCUGCCUGGACAUUGACAAGAAGAUGCGAGAGAGUCCAGCAGAUGUGGCUGCAAUGAUUCAGCAGAAGCUGAUGCCGACCGUCUAUGUCAUCCUGGCUCCGGGCGCUCCGUUGGACUUCGGAAACCUCGUGGCUGAGGCGAUUUGCACGACGAGCACUGCUGGAGGUAUAGAGGAUGCCCUGCCGUCCAAGUACACGAUCCUCGAUGCCAUGGAGCUUUGCAAGAGCACGGGCCACAGUCCGGCGCUUGAAGAUGCAAUUGCCAAGGCAUCAUUCACAGCGGAAACUCCAGAGGACAGUUUGCCUGUGAAGGUGUGGGCUGAGAUUUGGAAGGAGGCCUUCCUCAAGUCCGCGGACCCCAUGGGCACGUUCCUCGUGACGAACUUCCCAACCGUGAACUCUGUCAAAUCCAACAGUGUGCGAGACCAGCUCUCCGUCGUGGAAUCCGUUUCAGCUUUGGCAGGCAUCCUGCACGUCAAGCUGGGUGCUGCAGCAUUUGCAUCAUUCGGCAGCACUGACGAUGAGCAGCUCGAAGCCUACUCGGCCUUCGACGCUCAGGAAACGCUGGCAGCAGGGCUGUUUGCGGUUGCCGUCUUGUUGUGCCUGGCAGAGAUUUCCGUGAUAGCUACUGAGGUGCAUGACCAGACCUUGGCCCAAUUUGGCCUUGGACGUCUGAUGGAAUGCCUCCUGAAUGAGGCGACAGACAGCGCCACUGCUGCUCAGAAAGUUGCGACACAGUUCUUCAGCUUUCAGGCCAAAGGCAACGCGUGA